AUGAUUCGGUCUUCAAAAAGUGAUGUAGAAGGUGCUUCACUUCCAGAUUUAUUGGAAGAAAAAGGAAUUUCAUGGAAGGCUUAUAUGGAAAAUUAUCCUGGGAAUGGAUUUAGCGAUAGUCAUUCUUUUGAUAAACUUUAUGUCCGGAAGCAUAAUCCAUUUAUUUCAAUGAAUCAAAUUCGAACGAAUUCUUCAAGAUAUAUUUACAUAGUGAAUGCAAAUACAUUGAAAAAAGAUAUUGAGGAUGGAACUGUUCCACAAUAUGUUUUUUAUUCGUAA